AUGUCGAUCCCAACCUCCACGUCCGUUGUCGAGUCUGCCGUCAUCAAGGCGCCACUCAGUCACGUCUGGCAUCAUAUCAAGCUCCAGAAUUUCAAUAACUUCUGGUCCGCCCUCAAGUCGAGCCAGUAUGUUAAGGGUACUAGUGAUGAGACCGAUGUUGUGAAGUGGACCUUCAAAGAUGGCACCGAGCUCGAAGUGAAGCAGGAGGAGCACAGCACUAUCAAUCACUAUAUUACUUAUAGUGUCAUCACCGCCAAGCCUGAGCUUACCUACUCUUCCGUUCUUUCUACCAUUCGCUGCUACGCUGUUACUUCGGGCGAGUUGGAGGGAAGUACCUUUGUAGAAUGGACUGGAAACUUCUCCAGCGAUGCUGAUGCAGGUGUUAUUCAGGAUGCUAAAUUCAAGCGUCGUGAUGCUCUAGCCGACUUGGCUAAGGCAGCGGCAAGCAAAUAG